AUGGUUAUAGUUGAACUUAUCGGAGGUCUUUCAAUAGCAAUUGCUUUUGUAAGUGCUAUUACAUUGGCAAUUAUUCAUAUUAGAAAUAAACAAAAUGAUAUAACAUCUAUUCAUAAUGAUCAGUUACAACAAGAAAAUAAUCAAAUACUAUCAGUUUUAUCUUUACAAAAAUUCAAUCAAUCUAUUUCAAUAACUUCACCAUCAAGAACAGUUAUUAACGAAGAUCGAACUAUAAUUAAUGUUAUCGAUAAUGAUACAAUUUCUUCUACGCCAAUAAAAUAUGGUAUUCAAUGGAAAGUACCAAUAAAUGAAGAUAUUAAUUCAGAUCGAAUUAAAUCAUCAAUUAAUAUUGUAACAUGUGAACAUGUUGAUUCAUUAUCAUUUGGUGAUCAAUGUUCAAAUGUACGACAUGCAAUAGAAGAAUUGAAAACUAAUUCAAUCGGAGAAAAUUUUCGAAAUGAAAAAAAUAAUCAAAUUAAAUCUGAUUUAAUAAGUAUUGAUAGUCAAACAAUGGAAACUGAUCGAAAUCAAAAUGAACAAAAAAUAUCACAUCAUUCAUCAAUAUCAAAUCUUGAUGUGACGAUACCAUCGAAUAUUUCAUCGACAAUUGAUCUCGAACAAUUUCAAUGUUUUUCUAGUACAUCGAAUUUAAGCGAAUUUAUAAAAAAUCAUGAAUAA